UAAUAGAUAUUUUUUAUUAAACUUUUUAUUAAUAAUUUUCUCAUAUGAUGUAAAACGUCUUGUAAAACUCUCUUAAAAAUGUGUAAAUAUACAGGAGAGAAAUACGUCCGACAUUCUGAAAAUAUCUUUAAAUCUAUAACAAAAAUAUAUAUAUACACUGUGUGUGCGUAAUGAUUGAUGAUGAUUAAUAUUAUAUCUCAAAUUCUUGAUAUGUAAUCGCCUCGAGAUAUCUGAAAAUAUGAUACUUCCGGGGAGGGGCGAUAUCUUGACGGAAUGAUAGCGAUAUAUCUCUGCUUUAUCAUGUAAUUAAAUCCGUACGUAAUCAGGUCGAAAAGUGUAACAUAUAUAUACAGAGAUCGACAAUGUUGUUUGCGUUUGUAACUCUCUGCCAAGGUUCUACAUUUCUUACUCUCUGUAUCAGCGGAUUGCGGAUUGCGCGCAAUGUCACAAGCGGUGUCUAAUAAUAAUACAACACAUCGCAUGUGCAUCGCCGGUUCGUGUUACUGAUGCGUUCGCUUCCAACAAAUGCCAGUUACCGGUGCCAGUUUGCAACAAUCGCAAAUCCGAAGGAAGUAAUCUUAUUUAAUAGAUAUUAUGGCGCCCACCUGCCCGAAAUAUAAGAUCGCGCAUUCGAAAAAACUUGGAAGAUAUCUCUCAACGACUAAAAACAUAGCACCGGGGGAAGUCAUAAUUCGAGAGAAUCCGAUUGCAGUCGGUCCGAUGACAUAUAACAAAAAUUACUGUUUCUGCUUCGCGUGUUUGCGCUCGUUGCCAAAAAUCGGUGCAGGAAAUCGGUAUACUUGUUCCAGAUGUAACUUUGCACCACUGUGUAGUAUUGCAUGCGAGGUUCGAACGAAUCAUCAUGCAGAUGACGAAUGUCAAAUAUUUAGAGACAAUCAAGAACUAUUGGCGAAAAUUGGAAUUGACAACACGACGAAAAUUUUGCUCGUCUUGCGAUUAUGGCUAACAAAAUACAGAGAUCCAGCUAUAUGGGAAAAAAUAAAUCAUGUGGAGGCUCAUCUAGAUAAAAGGAUCGGGACUUCUGUCUGGAAGGAAAGGGAGGUUGAUGUUGUAAAUGUGAUUCGAAAACUUCGCAUGCCUACGGAGACUGAGCCACCAGGUGCCGAAUUGAUACAGAAAUUAUGCGGCAUCCUAGAUGUAAAUGCCUUCGAAUUGCGAUCUCCUAGCGUUCUGGAGGGUCUCUUUCUUCGGGGUUUAUACCUCGAGGCGAUGCUGAUGGCUCACGAUUGCAGGGGCAAUACUUAUCUCACCGUGGAUGACAAUUAUCAGCUGACCAUUUACGCGAGUGUCCCAAUUAAGCAAGACGAGCCUAUUCUUUUCAAUUAUACCUCGUCACUACUGAGUACAGUCGAGAGAAGAGAGCAUCUUCGAGAGGGAAAAUAUUUCGAGUGCGAGUGUCCUUUGUGCGAUGAUCCUUACGAAUUGCAAUCGCAUUUGAGCAGCGUGCUAUGCCCGCGCUGUAAAGAAGGAUUCGUGGGAAUGCAAAAUGCCUCUGUCAUAGCACCAUAUGAGAAAACUAGUCGAUGGCAAUGCCAGAUGUGCAGGAAAUUUUACAGCGGCCGUCUUAUCAGAGCUACGUUGAACAUAUGCAAAACACUCGUCGACGAGUGCGAGGAUGUCGAUAUAAAAACUAUCGACGACUUGCUGAAGAGAUUAUCCCGAUCCUUGCAUACCAAUCAUUUCCUCAUGCUAGCAUUAAAGCAGAAAUUAUUGACGGCGUGUAGGAGAGAGAUGACUUCAUUCAAUCCUCGGAAAAAGAUUGUGCAAAAGAUGCUGAAUACGUGCAAGCAAGUCUACGAUGUUCUGGAUAUAGUAGAGCCUGGCAUAUCACGUUCAAAAGGCAUAAUGUUGUAUGAAAUACAUUUGCCUAUGAUAAUAUUGGCGAAUCAAUCUUAUUCCGCCCGUGAGAUCUCGUCGGAGCAGUUGGUCUGCCAGUUGGAAGAGGCCCGUGAUCUUUUGAAGAAAGCUCUGACUAUGCUUCUUUUGGAACCGGUGACGACUCCGGAGGGAAAAUUAGCUAAGAGAGCACUCGAGGAAUUACGUACGCUAAAUCAAAAUAUAAGUGACGUAAAAUCUUUACCGCCGGAAGAGCCAAAGGUCCAUGCGCGUAAAGCAAAAGAACAGCGUAAAAAAAAGAUCAAAUAGCAACGAGCUUUUUUUAAAUUUGUAUGGAAAUGUAGAUUUCUAGAAAAUGCAAUUUUUUUUGCAAUGCGCCAUUAUCAUCAUAUAUGCAUUACAUUGUGGAACAAAGAAUUCGUAUCAUCUUGGAUUUGUGAUAUGUUGUUUUUUUAUUCUUCAAUUAUUAGGUUUGCAAAACACGCAACGUUACACAAAUUUCGUAAUUUAACAAAUUGAACAUUUACUUAUUAUUUUUCGAAUCUAUAAUUUUUAUCAAUGCAAACCCGAUUUUUUUAAUUGAUAAACAAUCUCGUUUAAUUAAUAAACUAACAAAUUACUUAAUAACUGUACUUUAUACAACUUGUAAUAGUGUUAAAAAAUAACAGAUAUUGUAAUGGCUUAUUUUUUGAAUAAUACAUGCACACACACGCACACAUUUUAAAAGGAAAUAAAGAAACAAGUUGUCAAUUA